AUGGCAGAGGGUCUCGGUCAAGUGGUGUCUUGGUACAUCGCUACGGCGGUUGCCUGCAUUUUCCUGAUCCUUCGCUUGUGGAUCCGUAUCCGUAAGCUCGGGUCUCUGCAAAUUGACGAUGGCUUCAUUGUUCUGUCUGCGUGCUGUUUGAUAGGCGAUCUUAUCAUUCAGCAGCAUAUGUGGAAUUUGGGUAUGGCGAAUAUUCCUGGUGCGAGUCCAGAACAGUUCAAGGGCAUGAUGCAGAUGAUUGUCCCGGGAUCAAUUCUUUACGUGACUUCGCUAUGGGCUAUUAAGAUUGCCCUCGUCCUCUUUUACAAACGACUUGCCGCUCCUGGAACGAGACUACAGACGAUUUACAACAUUACGCUGGGACUGUUGGUGUGUUUUUGGGCAGCAAUCUUCUUUCACAUCAUCUUCCAAUGCUUUCCUCACGACAAGCGAUGGUCCCAAGAUCCGACUUAUCAAUGCGAUCCGAAGGAAGCUGAGAGGAAUUACUGGUUGACUGUUAUACUAAAUAUCAGCACUGAUAUCGUCACCAUCAGUUUGCCCAUCUCCAUGGUUCUUCAACUACAGAUGAAGACGAAGCAAAAGAUUGGUGUCGCUGCCAUCUUUGCCCUUGGUUUCCUUGUCGUUAUUGCUAGCAUUAUCCGAGCCUACUACUCCAAGAAGAACGAAACCAUGUUGACAUGUACUGUUUCCAUGAUUGAGACAGCCGUCGCCAUCAUCGCCACUUGUCUACCUCCUCUACGAACUCUCUUCCUCGGACAAAUGUCCUCAGCCCGAACAGGCUCCAACUACGCUGGACGCUACGAACUCUCCUCCACAGGUCGCAACCAGACACGACGAACGAACCACAGCCGCAUCACCACCAACGUUAUUGGUGGUACACAGAAUAACGAUUCACAGGACGAGCUGUUCAAGGAGUCAUUACAGUCGACAGCGGGACGAAGUGUGGCGAGCUCGGAUAAGACGCCUGGUAUUACUGUUAAUACGACAAUCCUUAUGCAACAUAGUGCUGAGGACGAGGCGAGAAAAUCGCAAGCGAGGAUCGACCACUUUGCAUAA